AUGCUCGGCCGCCUGUUCCACUUCGGCUUUGACGCGAUUGCCAUCUCGGCCGUCCUCGCGGGCGUCAAGAAGACGACUGGGUUUGCCCCGGACACCACCCAGAUCCCCGAGUCGUCGGUCCGCUCCAUCGCGGACGGCUAUCUCUCGGCCGGCGAGACCGUCUUCAACCUCGUCAUCGGGCAGGCCGUCACGUCGUCCUACUUCAAGAAGACCGAGUAG